AGCGCUAUCGCUCUUUCUGUCAAAACAAAAACGCACUUCGGCCGCCGUCGUCGCAAAAAUCUUUCCCGUGUGCGGUGCAGGAAAAUUUUGCUCUUAACUUUUUUGCCAAUAAAUUGUUCAGAACCCUAAACAAGGGUCAAAUUUUCCACUCCAGUUAACCUAUUCCGGUCGAAUCAACGAUGGGAGGACACGACCACCACGGACCACCGUACAAGGUUCCGGAUGCUUCGAUCUACAAAGUGGCCGACGCACCGCAACUGGUGGAAGUGGAACGGGCCCUAGCUCGCCGGGGUCUCAAGGAUCCCUGGCUACGGAACGAGGUGUGGCGCUACAACGUGCAUCAGUUCAGCACCCACCGGUCCCGGUUGAUGAACUUCCUGUUCAAGGGAUUCCCGCUGGGAUUUGCCGCAUUCGUUGCCACCAUCGGGAUCGAGUUUGCCCUGGGAAUCGACUAUCAUGCCCAUCAUCACGGUGAACACGGCGAUGGCGAUCAUGGCCAUGGUGAGGGUGGCCACCAUUAGGAAGAGGUCGCUGUUAAUUUUUACCUUCAAAUAAAUUUGUGCAAAUUGAAAGUCUUAGGUCGGUUUAAAAGAA